CAGCCUUAUAAAUAGUCGCCUUUGCCGGCGGCCGCGAGGACGGGUAGGGCACGCACUGGCCCCGGCGCCCACCCGUACCCCUCCCCAGAGCUUCCCCAGCCAAACCGCAUCCCAGACACACACAGUUCCUGGCCACCUCCCGCCUCCUGGCACCUUCCCUCCAGCCCUGGGGAGCGUUGUCAAGGUGCCUGGGCAGACGCUGGCCCCGCGCCCUGUUUUCUGGGAGUUUUGAGGGGAGCAGCUCUGCAGUUGCUGUGGCCACUGUUCAUGUCCCUCAGUGCCAUCCUCACUGUCCCAGCCCCUUCAGCGGGAACCCAGGUGGAUGGGAAGGGGCUACUGCCAUCCUGUGACAGAGCGCUGACACAGCUCCCAGGACCUCGGCAGGAUGGAAGAGAAGCUGAAGAAAACCAAGAUCAUCUUUGUGGUGGGCGGGCCUGGCUCAGGGAAGGGCACCCAGUGUGAGAAGAUUGUGCAGAAGUACGGCUACACCCACCUCUCCACCGGAGACCUCCUGCGCGCCGAGGUCAGCUCGGGAUCGGCCAGGGGCAAGAAGCUGUCGGAAAUCAUGGAGAAGGGACAGCUGGUGCCACUGGAGACAGUGCUGGACAUGCUCCGGGAUGCCAUGGUGGCCAAAGUUGACACUUCCAAAGGCUUCCUGAUCGAUGGCUACCCGCGGGAGGUACAGCAGGGAGAAGAGUUUGAGCGGCGGAUUGGACAGCCCACACUGCUGCUGUAUGUGGACGCAGGCCCUGAGACCAUGACCCAGCGGCUCCUGAAGCGCGGAGAGACCAGUGGGCGUGUGGAUGACAAUGAGGAGACCAUCAAAAAGCGGCUGGAGACCUAUUACAAGGCCACAGAACCCGUCAUCGCUUUCUAUGAGAAACGUGGCAUCGUACGCAAGGUCAACGCCGAGGGCUCCGUGGACAGUGUCUUCUCCCAGGUCUGCACCCACCUAGACACCCUGAAGUAGCAACGCUGGAGCUGCUUCCCCACUCUGGGCCCCACCCCACCCCAUCCUGAUCCAAGGUCCUCCUGGCCUGAGUGCAGCGCCUCCACCCUGCCCGGCUGAGCACAGGCAGAGGAAGCUGCUUAUCCUGUUUUCAUGGACAGCUGAGCACUAAAGGAAUUUCUAAGGACA